GGUACCCGUGCGAGGGACUUUCCCAAAAGUCGUUGAUGUGACUGUAACCUUAUCGUGUUUCGUGAGUGUGCAAGUUACGUGUAACUGGAUUUUUUUUUAAAACUAUGCAUUCCGUCCUUUUAUUUACAUUUUCACUUUUUAUAACUAUUGGAGCACUGGAAGAGGAUCCUUUAGUGACUUAUUACAAACUUUAUGAACUUGGAGUUCAGCAUCAUCGCGAGAAAAAUUACACCGUCGCAAACACUCUCUUCGAAAAAGCGUUGGAGGAUUACCAUUUCUACCAUAAGAAUGCCAUUAACUGUCGUGUUGAAUGUAGGAGGAAAAACAACAGCCUGGCAGAAAAACUUGCGAAUUCUAGAAAAGUCUUAGAUAUUUUAGAAAUUAAUAUUUUUCAAAGUUUUAUUCAUCAAUCCAAAUGCUUAAAAAGAUGCUAUAAAACAAAUUUUGGAGAAAGACCAGAACAUUUUCCUGAUUCAAACAGUGUCAGGAUAGACAAAGACUUUGAAGACGGGAGACAUUACCAGUUUAUGCAGUUCUGUCAAUAUGAGCUGAAGAAUUACCCUAAAGCUGCCUCAGCAGCCUUUACUUACUACCUGAAACAUCCACAUGACAUUAACGCCCAACAUAAUGUCCAGCUGUACAGAGAAAGAUUCGGGGUCAAGGACGAGGAAAUUACUGACCUUGACAGAAAACCGUAUCAGGCAUCUCACAUACUGGGGGACAUUGCGUAUGAUGAAAGCAAUUGGACUGGAGUCAUUGAACAUUUUGAGAGAGCUUUGAAGGAAUUCUAUGAAGAAGAACAAAGAUGUCGCCUCCAGUGCGAGGACAAAUUAGUCAUUCCCAUGGAAUCCCAUCUCACCAACUUCUUCCAAUAUUUGGCAGAAAUAUACAUUCCUAUACUGAGAUGUCAGGUGGAUUGUGAGUACAAGUUGAGUCGAGUUUUUGCUGAUCAUGAAGAAGGUUUUCUAGAGGAACAUUACCAUUAUCUUCAGUAUGCCUACUAUCAAACGGGUGAUUUUGACCGAGCAGCCGAGGCAAUUGGAGCAUUUCUGUUAUUUAACUCCUCCCACCCUGACAUGUUACGUAACCGACUCUACUUCAUCACCAGGCUAGGUUACCAUGACUCCCACCUCAGCGCCAGAAAGGAAGCAGUGGACUACAUUGAGAUGAGGAAUAAACUGGAAUCCUUGUUACAGUACCUGGAGUUUGAUGAUAUAACAGAUGAUUUUGUUGAUGAUUCUGAUGGAGAGGACAGAGAAGGGGGUCACUACUUGGGAGUUUUUGAGAGACUUGGUAUAAAAGUGAUCCAGACCCCCAAGGAACUGAAGGGGGAGAGGUUUACAGCAGAGGGGGUCCUGAGGGAUGAGCAGAGUGAGGAAUUACUCAGUCUAGCCAGGUCCGCAAGAACAGACUCAUCUGGUAUAAAGACAAUUUCUAUUCCAAAUGCUAUAGAGGCGGUGAGGGGGGACCCAGAGCUUGAGAUGUCCCUCCGACUUCUACUCAAACUGAGCGAGUCUGUCAGACUGUUCACCUCCAGAUUCUAUAACCAGACCAGCUUCUACACCAAAGAGACCAAAUUAGUGUGCAGAGGGCCCACUGAUCCAGAUCAGGAAAACAAUGAAGAUAAUGACUGCUUUCCCCAGGAGGAUGGGAGCUGUGUAGAUGAAGAAGCAUUGAAAUCUGUCACAGAGUAUCUAGAUGAAUACAGAGCUGUACUAUUUAUAAAUAACGUAACAGAAGGAGGGGAGACGGUAUUCUUAAACAGGAAGAACACACCAGUGGCUAGUGUAUUCCCCCGCCAGGGUCUUUUUACAGUGUUUGAGGCCACAGACAGACACACGGUUACACAGCCAGCCUCUCAGAGGUGUGUUAUAUUAAUGACCUUCACCUCACAGAAGGACAAGGACAACCCUGAAUAUCGCCAGGCCAUGACCUUUCUGAAUGACCUUGAUGAAGAACGAGUCAGGAAAUUAAAUAUGGAUCAUCUAAAGACAAUAGAUGAACUGGAACAAAAAGGUGUGACCAUUGUACAGAGUGGGGAGGAGUUACAUGGAGAGGAAAGAUUUGUUGCUGAUGGUUUGAUGAAUGAGGGAGAUUGUCAAAACCUGAUAUCCCUGUUAGAGGCUGGUGGUAUGGAAGGGGAUGGUUAUAGGGGUGAAAGGUCACCCUUUACACAAAAUGAGGUGUUUACUGGUCUGACUGAUGACAAAGCCAAGCAGAACGGUGGAAUAGAGGGGGACGGCUACAAAGGGACAGCAUCACGGGUCGCCAAAAUAUCACCGCACACUAAACACGAAAUAUUCGAGGGCUUGACAGUUGGUAGGGCAACGCAGCUUGCACAAUCUGGAGAAUUAUCCAAAGAUUCAGUACAGCUGUACUUGGAUGCCAGCGAGCGGGCUCGUCUUCUUGUGGAGAAUUUCUUUAACUUGACUCGCCCACUUUAUUUUGACUACACCCACUUAGUUUGUCGGAAAGCCAUCACAGAUGAUGAGGAGCGAUCAGACUUGAGUCACCCUGUUCAUGCAGACAACUGUCAGAUACAGCCGGACGGAUCCUGUCUGAGACAGUUCCCAGCGUACAUCGCCAGAGACUACAGCGCCGUCUUAUAUCUAAAUGGAGAGGAAGACUUUCUGGGUGGGGAAUUCUUUUUCGCCCAUGACAAUAAAACAGAACAGAUUAGCGUAUCCCCUAAGUGUGGUAGGAUGGUAGGGUUCAAUGCAGGGGAUUAUCACGGAGUGAAGGCAGUACGUAAAGGUCGGCGAUGCGCGAUAGCCAUGUGGUACACAAUGGAUCCAAACACGCAGGAGCUAGCUCGCCUCCAGGCUCAAAAGAAAAUGGCCGACCGAAGUUCUGUUCGAGGGCGAACCCGAUCCAGGGAGCAAAUGGACAUAGAAAGUAAUGGCGAGAAGGAGGAUCAAAAACGUCAUUCAAACAGAAAUCAGCAUGGGGAUCAUGAUAUUGAUACAAAUAAAAAUAAGUUUGAUGACAAAGAAAUGAAUAAUUUCGAAGAAGAACAUUCUGAUGUCAUUACUAUUCAAGAAGAAAUUGAAUUGAAAGCGAUUGAAAAAGAAUCUGAGAGGCAAGAAGAAAUUAUUUCAGAAAUAAAAGAGAAUGAAGACCACGAAGAAUUAUGAUAUUAAAUAAUGAAAUUAA